AUGGUGGUGGUGAAGACGUAUGUCUUGAGAUUGUUCAUAUCUUUGAAGUACAUAACUGCAAAUGUAGUAGACAGGAAUAAUGGUCGGAUAAUUGCAACAGCAUCUAGUGUUGAACAAUCACUCAAGAGCUCAUUUGAAUGUGGGCGGACCUGCAAUGCCAAGGCUGCAGCAGCUGUGGGAGAAGUAUUGGCGAUGCGCCUUAAAGUGGAUGGCCUUGAUCAAGGUUGGGGAAGUGGAAUCCAUGUCAAUGUAAACAAGGAGGUUGAGAAGAAGGGUUUCAAGAACCGCACAAAGGUUUGGGCUAUAGUAAAUGGCCUUAAGAACAACGGAGUUAAACUUGUCUUGGAUGAUGAAGCUUCCCGCUCAAGCAGCUGA